UGAUGAGGUGAGGGACAGGCUGAGGGAGCGAGCUCAGUAACUCAGCGGCCGUGUUUCGUGUUGGGACACGGCGAGCAAGUCAGUGUCGGGCAUUAAACAAAGCAGCUGGAAUAGUUUACUUCUCUCUAUCUGCGAGGGCCGCUGUGACUGAGGCGUGAUGUCUGCCAAAGCCAUCUCAGAGCAGACGGGGAAAGAGUUCCUGUAUAAAUACAUCUGCACCACGGCUGCCGUGCAGAACCGCUUCCGUUACGCCACAGUCACCUCCGAGACUGAUUGGGAACGUCUCACACAGGAUCACCCGUGGCUCCUCACUGAGCGACUAGUGGUGAAGCCUGAUCAGCUGAUUAAGAGACGGGGGAAGCUGGGAUUGGUGGGUGUGGACCUGGACCUGCAGGGUGUCCAGGAAUGGCUGAAACCACGCCUGAUGAGAGAAACCACAGUGGGCAAGGCAAAGGGCAUCCUUAAGAACUUCCUCAUUGAGCCAUUCGUGCCCCACUCACAGGAGGAGGAGUUUUAUGUGUGUAUUUACGCCAUGCGGGAGGGCGAUUACGUACUGUUUCAUCAUGAGGGUGGCAUGGAGGUUGGAGAUGUGGACUCCAAAGCGCAGCGACUGCUGGUGGGCGUGGAUGAGAAGCUCACUGAGGACGCAGUUGCUGAGCAACUGCUGGCACACGUUCCAGAUGAGAAGAAGCAGGUUCUGGCCAGUUUCAUUGUGGGACUCUUUAACCUGUAUGAGGAUUUGUACUUCACAUACCUCGAAAUUAACCCGCUCGUCGUCAAUGAAGAGGGUGUGUACGUUCUGGACAUGGCCGCUAAAAUCGAUGCCACAGCUGACUUCAUCUGUAAGCCUAAAUGGGGCGACGUGGAGUUUCCUCCUCCGUUUGGAAGAGAGGCUUACCCUGAGGAGGCCUACAUAGCAGACUUGGAUGCUAAGAGUGGUGCUAGUCUCAAACUGACUCUGCUGAAUCCUAGAGGACGCAUCUGGACCAUGGUUGCAGGAGGAGGUGCAUCGGUGGUCUACAGUGACACCAUAUGUGAUCUGGGUGGAGUGGAUGAGCUGGCAAACUACGGGGAAUACUCCGGCGCUCCCAGUGAACAACAGACGUAUGACUAUGCCAAGACCAUACUCUCACUCAUGACCCGUGAGAAACACCCUGAUGGAAAAGUAUUAAUCAUCGGUGGAAGUAUUGCUAACUUCACCAACGUAGCAGCUACCUUUAAAGGCAUUGUCCGAGCCAUUAAAGACUACCAGGGCCCUCUGAAAGAGCAUGAGGUUACCAUCUUCGUCCGUCGUGGAGGGCCGAAUUAUCAGGAGGGGCUCAGGGUAAUGGGAGAAGUCGGAAAGACCACUGGGAUUCCCAUUCAUGUCUUUGGCACAGAGACCCACAUGACUGCCAUUGUUGGCAUGGCACUCGGCCAUCGACCAAUCCCCAACCAGCCUCCAGUUGCCGCCCACACAGCCAACUUCUUGUUGAACUCCAGUAGCAGUGCUGCAACUCCAGCAACAACCAGAACCGCAUCGUUCUCUGAGCACAAACUGACCAAUGAUGUCACACCUGCUAAGAAAGCCAAGCCAGGAGGUCCAGCAGCUUCCUCUUUUUAUCAUUCUUGGCCCAUGAAGAAUAUGUUCAGUGCAAGUGUCCAAGAACUACAGAGCACAGCAGACAGGAGUGGAGCUAAAGCCACCACUCUGUUCAGUAACCACACUAAAUCUAUAGUGUGGGGCAUGCAGACUCGGGCAGUGCAGGGUAUGCUGGACUUUGACUAUGUGUGCUCUCGAGAGGAGCCCUCAGUAGCAGCCAUGGUCUACCCUUUCACUGGUGACCACAAGCAGAAGUUCUACUGGGGUCAUAAGGAGAUCUUGUUGCCAGUCUAUAAGAACAUGGCUGAGGCCAUGAAGAAGCACCCGGAAGUGGACGUCCUGAUCAGCUUUGCAUCUCUCCGCUCUGCGUACGACAGCACCAUGGAAACCAUGCAGUACCCACAGAUCCACACUAUAGCCAUCAUCGCUGAAGGCAUUCCUGAAGCACUGACACGUAAACUGAUCAAGACCGCAGAUGAGAAAGGAGUCACCAUCAUCGGGCCUGCAACAGUUGGUGGUAUAAAGCCAGGCUGCUUUAAGAUUGGUAACACAGGAGGGAUGCUGGACAACAUUCUGGCAUCGAAACUGUACCGGCCAGGCAGCGUGGCGUAUGUGUCCCGAUCCGGAGGCAUGUCUAACGAGCUCAACAACAUCAUCUCCCGCACCACAGAUGGGGUGUACGAGGGUGUGGCCAUCGGAGGAGACCGUUACCCUGGUUCUACGUUCAUGGACCACGUUCUGCGUUACCAGGACACUCCUGGAGUGAAGAUGAUCGUAGUGCUCGGGGAGAUUGGAGGCACUGAAGAGUAUAAGAUCUGCGAGGGUGUUAAAGAGGGCAGGAUCACUAAGCCUGUGGUCUGCUGGUGUAUUGGCACAUGUGCCACUAUGUUCUCCUCUGAGGUGCAGUUUGGUCAUGCGGGAGCGUGUGCGAAUCAGGCGUCGGAGACGGCUGUGGCUAAAAACCAGGCACUGCGGGAAGCCGGUGUGUUUGUGCCCAAGAGCUUCGAUGAGCUGGGAGAUGUUAUCAGGUCGGUGUAUGAUGACCUGGUAGCGAAUGGGGUUAUUAUUCCAGCUCAGGAGGUUCCGCCUCCAACAGUGCCAAUGGACUACUCCUGGGCCAGGGAGCUUGGUCUGAUCCGUAAGCCAGCGUCCUUCAUGACGAGUAUCUGCGAUGAGCGAGGUCAGGAGCUGAUCUAUGCUGGCAUGCCCAUCACUGAGGUCUUUAAAGAGGAGAUGGGCUUGGGAGGAGUCCUCGGGCUGCUCUGGUUCCAGAGGAGGUUACCUCGCUAUGCGUGUCAGUUCAUUGAGAUGUGUCUGAUGGUGACGGCAGAUCACGGCCCUGCAGUGUCAGGAGCCCACAACACCAUUGUGUGUGCACGUGCAGGAAAAGACCUCGUCUCCAGCCUCACCUCUGGCCUGCUUACCAUUGGGGACCGAUUCGGUGGAGCUUUGGAUGCAGCUGCUAAGCAGUUCAGUAAAGCCUUUGACAGCGGCAUGCUGCCCAUGGAGUUUGUAAACAAGAUGAAGAAAGAUGGCAAACUCAUCAUGGGCAUCGGACACAGAGUGAAAUCAAUCAAUAACCCUGACAUGAGGGUGCAGAUCCUGAAGGACUUCGUGAAACAGCACUUUCCUGCUACACAGCUGCUGGAUUAUGCCCUCGAUGUGGAGAAAAUCACCACCUCAAAGAAGCCCAACCUGAUCCUAAACGUAGAUGGUUUGAUUGGCGUAGCUUUUGUGGAUCUACUAAGAACGUGUGGAGGAUUCACUCGAGAUGAAGCAGACGAGUUUGUGGAAAUUGGAGCCCUUAACGGGAUCUUUGUUCUAGGACGCAGCAUGGGCUUUAUCGGUCACUACCUGGACCAGAAGCGGCUGAAACAAGGCCUCUACCGCCACCCAUGGGACGACAUCUCCUACGUUCUUCCUGAGCACAUGUCCAUGUGACCUCCUCGCUAGGGAAACGACCCUGUACGGACGGAGACUGGCCAUCCUUGCAGCAACUUACUUCUUUUCCUGCUCUUUCUGUCUUCUGCACAACAAAACUAACCUGUUUUUGGAAAACCUGGAUUGGAAACUGUGGGUGGAGGGUCUAAGGAACAUGUAGAAAGGGAGAAGCUGUUAUUAUUAUUAUUAUUAUUAUUAUUAUUAUUAUGAGUAAAAAAACAAAUAAAAUAAAAAUAAGAAACCUUUUUAUUUAAUUUCUGAACUGUGGAAGGGAUCUGCAGCACCUCUAUGGAUUCAGUUACAAUGAAGUUACAAGACACUUACCUAUUUUUAUUCAUCAAGUCAGUCGUAUUAGGUGCAGGAAGGGCGUUAAAGUACAAAUCAUCAUAACCCACCGUAGAGGUACUGAAAGAAGGAUUUUGAUUGCCAAGCUAAUGUUAUAGCAGCACAAUGACAAACAUUUUCUUUUGACUAAUGUCUUUCAGUUAACACUAAGAUACACCUGCGAUUUGCUUAAAGAAAUAAAGCUAGUGAUGUAGGAGGAUUGUUACAUAGAAGGUACUAUGGAAUCAGCAAGGUUAUUUGGGACUCAAGGCCUAUGGCUUGCUGCGUCUGCUUAUGUGACCUUUUU